AUGGCACCACCACUCAACUUCUCGGUGCAUGUCAAUGAGCCUGAGCUCGUCUGGCCGGAGAAGCCAACCCCAAAAGAAUUCAAAUACUUAUCCAACAUUGAUGACCAAAGUGGCCUAAGAAAUCACAUACUCUUUGUGCACUUGUAUCCUCCACGUGCAACCGUGGGUGCGCCAGUCCAGGACCCAAUCAUGAUGAUUAAACAAUCUCUGGCUAAGGUUCUAGCAUUCUACUACCCUGUGGCCCGCCGGCUAAGAAAUGCUGAUAAAGGCAAGCUUGUUGUGGACUGCUGUGGGCAGGAAGUGAUUUUUCGUGGUGCCAAUGCUGAUAUUACACUAGCACAAUUGUGCAAAAAUGGUGGGUUGAAGCCACCAUUCCCUCAGUGGGACAAGUUGCUUGUCGAUGACGUCUGGGGCAGUAACUUGAUAAGUAACUUGAUAACCAAUUCACCAUUGCUCCGUGUGCAGGUAACAAGACUUGCUUGUGGAGGGUUCAUCUUAGCUUACACAUUCAACCAUUGCAUCUGUGAUACUUAUGGUGCUUACCAGUUCAUUACAGCCGUGUCAGAAUUAUGCAAAAAUCCAAACAGAAAAACUCCUUCCUCGCUACCCGCUUGGGGACGAGAAACACUAAGACCCCGGUCACCUCCCAUCAUCUCCUACCCACAUCAUGAGUAUGAUGACAACUCAGGAAACCCCACCAUUGCUUAUAGUGUUUCCGACUUUGGCCUUGUUUGGUAA